AUGAAAGACAUCAUGCAUUUCACUGAUUUGGUUAGAAAGUUUAUGUGUGACAAAAAGGACUUUCCCAAUAGUUCUGAGUAUUUUACCCUCUGUCUCCAUUCUACAAAGCAGCUAGAUAAUGUGGGGGUGAAGUUUGGGCAUUCUAAAGUUGCUACAUAUUUAGCUGGCAUAACGAUUUGUCCUGAUGUUAAGGACAAUGAUAAGCGCUGCUGGUGGAAGUGCCGCGAUCGCUGUUGGUGGAAUGGCCGCAGUUGCUGUUGGAGAAAUGGUUGCUGUGGGAUUAAUUGUUUGGAAUUGAAAAUCCCUCAAUUGAAGGUAGAUAACAACACCGAGUGCAUUUUCAGAAACGUCAUGGCAUUGGAGCAGUUUGUUUAUCCAAAGGCUCCUCGUAUCUGCAAUUAUAUUUUUCUGCUGGAUCAACUCAUCGGCACCGUUGAAGAUGUGGCUUUUCUGGUUGACAAGGGAAUCAUUGAGAACUGGCUUGGCAGUAACAAGGCCGUGGCUGCCUUGGUUAAAACACUCUGCGACCAAAUUGUGACACCGCAUUUCUUCUAUGCUGAUAUCUGCGACGAACUUAACGAGUAUCACAGCAAAAAAUUGAAUGUUGCCAGGUCAACCCUCAAUAGGGUUUACUUCAAGGAUAUUUGGACUGGUAGUUCCACUGUUGUUGGGCUUGUUAUCAUUGUGUUCUCCUUCUUCUCUACCUAUUCUACCAUCAAGAAUCUCUUCUUUGUAUGA